AACAAAUGCGUCGGUAAUAUUUCAUUGCUGCUGGUGACACUUGGCAUGAAGAUUUUCCAUCACACGGGUCCAGCCUGCAGUGCACUGCUGUAUGCAAAUGGCAGAGAGGAGUCCCAGGCAGGUUUGUCACGUCCCAUGAAUGCGAUAGAUUUCGCCGCUUCGGCGGCGUCUUGCUGCAGGGUGUAGGGCCACUGGCCCUCUUCCAGGAACAGCAGCGCUCCUUUAGGGUUGAGAGCUUCACACUCCAUCAAUAGUAAACAGCCGUAUGGAUCCAAGGUCAAGGAUUCAGAGUCUUUCCUCCAAUACAGAGCGGUUUCUGCACGAGGUCUUGAACUUGAAAGUGAGAUAAAAGCUUGUUCGCGCUCUCUUCCGUUGCCUUAUGAAAGCGAACCUUCAUCGUCCAUUUAUAAUGUUUAGGGGUGGACUGACUGACUGACAGGAGCGGGAAUCAAUUUCACUCAGCCUUGGCCUUCCUCACAUCCUAGCAUAAUGGCCUGUAAUAAAGCCUGAUGGCUGAGUGGAUUUAGACGAGAUGGGUGUAGAUGGAGAAGCCUGGUGCACGAAGAGCAAUCUUAGACCGGAUACUCUGUGCAAGUGUGUGAGCCAGUGACGGAGCUGAACAAGGUUUCUCUGAAUGCUGUGAUGAGUUCCUGAGAGCGUCGUUCUCCCCGGCCAGCUGUCUUGGAAGAGCAAGGGCUCUGGUGACAGCAGUGGCACCCACAGAAACAAACAGUGACGACGGGCCAUGGCUAGCGCAGCAGACGGCAUCGGCAGUUUGGGAACCGAGCAGAGCCACAUCAACGUUCCCGUGGCCGAUCCCGGCGCCUGGGCCACCGCCAUGAACAACCUGGGCAUUGUGCCGAUGGGCUUAACCGGGCAGCAGCUGGUAUCAGACUCCAUCUGUAUACAGGGUUUUGAUCCCAACCUUGGCAUCAUCACUCCAAUCAACCCCAUGAUGGCUGGCAUCAGUCUAGUCCCGCCCCAUCCUGUGACAGCAGAGCUUCCUGUUAUUAAGGAAAUCAUCCACUGCAAGAGCUGCACGCUGUUCCCGCAGAAUCCCAAUCUUCCUCCUCCCUCCACAAGAGAGAGACCUCCAGGGUGCAAGACGGUUUUUGUUGGCGGCCUUCCAGAAAAUGCAACAGAGGAGAUCAUCAAAGAAGUGUUUGACCAGUGUGGCGAGAUUGUUGCUAUACGCAAAAGCAAGAAAAACUUCUGCCACAUUCGUUUUAUUGAGGAGUUCAUGGUGGACAAGGCCCUCUACCUCUCUGGCUAUCGGAUGCGCAUUGGCUCCAGCACUGAUAAAAAGGAUUCGGGCCGCAUACAUGUAGAUUUUGCUCAGGCGAGAGAUGACUUGUAUGAGUGGGAGUGCAAACAAAGAUUGCUGGCACGAGAGGAGCGGCACCGACGGAAAAUCCAGGAGGAGCGGCUGAGACCUCCAUCACCUCCUCCCAUAAUGCACUACUCUGAGCACGAGGCAGCUCUUUUGGCUGAGAAAUUGAAAGAUGACAACAAGUUCAGUGAGGCAACGGCAGUGCUGUUCACGUGGAUCGACAGAGGCGAGGUGAAUCGACGCACUGCAAAUCAUUUCUACUCCAUGAUCCAGUCAGCGAACAGCCACGUGCGGCGCCUAAUGAACGAGAAAGCUCAGCACGAGGAAGAAAUGGAGCUGGCCAAAGAACACUUUAAGAAUUCCCUGCUUGCCAUCCUCACACAAUUUGAGCAGAUUACGGCUGUGUUCACCGCUGCCACCAGGCAAAAGGCAUGGGACCAUUUCUCAAAAGCGCAGCGCAAGAACAUAGACAUUUGGCGAAAGCAGUGCGAGGAAUUGAGAAAUGCUCACAGUGAAGAGAUCAUGGGAAUACGAAGAGAAGAGGAAAUGGAGAUGUCAGAUGAAGACUUGGAGGAGAACCCCUGCAAAAAGAUGAGAAUGGAGGACUCGGUGCUGUCUGCGCAGACGUGUGCUCUGCGGGAAGAAAACGACAGUCUGCGUUGGCAGCUGGAUGCUUACAGAAACGAGGUGGAGCUGCUGAAGAAGGAGCAGGGCAAGACGUACCGUACCGAGGAGGAUCACACACAAGAACAACAGCUGCACUUCCUGCAGCAGACCAUGCAGAACAUGCAACAGCAACUGCUUCGGCUGCAGGAAGAGCUGAAGGGGAAGGAGCUGGAGCUGGAGCAGGCCAGAGAUGAGCAGCGCUACCUAGAGGGAGAGGUCCUCAGCCUCAGGGAAAAGCUGUUGAGCGCCAUGGAAUCGGUAGACUUGACAAACCACAACUCCGAAGGCCAUGAAAAGGGAGUCAAUGGCACGGCGGCACUCUACCACCAUCGAGAGAAGAAUAACGAUGCGGUCAUUUGGGGUCCUUUGAGAUCAGAGAAAGAGGCUCUCUUGCUCGGAAUCAUAUCAACCUUCCUCCACGUCCACCCAUUUGGAGCUAACAUUGAAUAUCUGUGGUCUUACAUCCAGAGACUUGAUACAAAGAUCUCGGCCAGUGAACUUGAAAGACUAAUGGUCCGGCUGCCCAACAUGUUCAAGCAGGAGUUCAGUGGCGUUGGAGCAACACUGGAGAAGCGCUGGAAGUUCUGCGGAUUUGAGGCUCUCAAGUCGGCAUGAUUCGCAAAGCCACAUGCACUGACGCUGAGGCUUCUGGACCUCUGGAGGACUGAUCCAGAGUCAGCGAGAAGAGCCGGAGUCUCACUGACACAAACAACAGGCUUUACACCCCGUACCGCCUCAGAUCAGAUGGCUGCCGCUCCUCUCCAGAGGAAGUGAGACUCUACGUGCGGCGCCGCAUCAGAUGUAUUUACUUGAAAAAGCUCUUUCCAGACUUCUGUACCGAUUGCGUAACUUAUCUGUCAGUGGCGUCGUCCCUGAAGGCUGGGAGAUAUCCAGGAAUAUCACGCCUCUCGGUUAAAAAUAUGGAAUGUUGAAUAUGGGACACAGAUGUGUGAUAGCGGCCCUCUGCGCCCAUCAAAGCCAGAGUGUGUGUGUGAAGACGAUUUCUGCUCUGAAAAAUGAUUUAAUUAAUGGCCAAAGUGCUGGAGCUGAUAGACAACAGUUGCACAGCUGAAGCUCUUUGGACAGUUUGCUGUGUUUCAGGCCAUCCAUGUUGUGUAGAUGAUGUAUGUAACUAUGUAACAUGCUCUUUGUGUCUUGAUGCACUGUUGUUAAAGGUCUGCUUAUGUAAAUUAUGAUUUUUUUAAAAAGCAAUUAAAAACUUUUUAUCCAAAAUCGGAUGCAGUCACUUGGAGAAAUUAAUUCAUUUACUACAAUCUU